AUUGUAAGGUGUUUAAAAAUGGAUGUUAACUGUUUAUCGAGAUUAUUAAGCUUGAUUUUAAGAUCAGGCGAACAAAAUAUAAGUCUAAAAAGAGGUGUGAAAGUUAAAUAGUGAAGUACAUUCUUUUUUAAUUUUCAGCACGUUUAUUUUUAUAUAAUGAACCAAAAUAUUAUUUGUGAUAUAUUUAGUUUGUAAUUGUGAUCAUUAUUACGUAAAAACAUGGUACGCAUAAAGAUAAAUUUUGUUCUUGAAUCUAUGGUUGGUGAAUUAUUUUGGAAGUUAAGUGCAAAAUCCAUAGUUCUAAGAUCUGUAUCAAUGUCACUGAACACUGGUUAAAUUACUACUUUAAAUACUUUCGAUAAAUUAUCGAAAAGUAAAAAAGUCAUGAUGAGUAAUCAUUUAAGUUAUAAAAUGGAGGGUGGCAAGUCAAAUAAUCAUAAUGAUGAAUUUUACAAGAAUGUCAAAUUAAUUGGAUUUGUAAAAACAGACUCUGAAACUGUACCAGGAUACAAAAACGAAGGAUUUCAAUGGAACUCGUCUGACGAUCUAUCCAGAUACCCUCCAUCAUAUUCAUCUCAAAAUAGUUUUGUUCCGAGGAAGGACAACAACGACUCAACAGUAUUACCUAUUUGUUCCGAUACAAUACAUCGUUGUUGUACCAAAAAAUUACUGUAUAAACGUCUUCCUAUUCUUCAAUGGUUACCUAAGUAUUCAAUUACUGACCAUGGAAUAUCUGAUCUCGUAGCUGGUAUAACAGUGGGUCUGACUGUUAUACCCCAAGCAAUAGCUUUUGCAAGUGUAGCUGGAGUUCCUCCACAAAUUGGUUUAUAUUCAUCAUUUAUGGCGUGUUUUGUUUACACGAUAUUUGGUAGCUGUAAGGACCCAGCAAUCGGCCCCACAGCCAUUAUGGCAAUUAUGACAAGGGAGAAUAUACACGGUAUGGGCCCAGAGUUUGCUGUUCUAUUAGCUUUCAUCACAGGAAUUAUUCAACUCAUUAUGGGAUUCGCUCAAUUAGGAUUCCUCAUAGAUUUCAUAUCCGGUCCCGUUUCGGCUGGUUUUACAUCCGCAGCAGCGAUCGUAAUAGCCACAUCGCAAAUGAAGGACCUACUAGGUAUUAAUAUUAAAUCAAGUUCUUUUAUUGGAGUUUGGGAUCAGCUGGCGAAUCGUAUAGGAGAAAUAAGCACUGGCGAUGCGACUCUGGGUAUCACGUGUAUGAUUGUUCUCUUGUUGUUACGGAAAAUGAAAGACAUACAAAUCGGUCCAAGCGACACAAAGGAAAAAUCGACAGCACAGCGAGUAAUGUUAUCUGCCAUAUGGCUUAUUUCUACUGCUAGAAAUAUCAUAGUUGUUGUCUUCUGCGCCAUUCUUGGAUAUUUUUAUGAAAAAAAUGGAAAUUUGCCUUUUAAACUUUCCAGUAACGUGGAACCAGGUCUACCGAAAUUCCAAGUUCCAGCAUUCGAGACCACCUACAAAAACGAAACGUACACCUUCAUUGAUAUGGCGUCCAAAUUGGGUUCAGGAAUUCUAGUCGUACCACUAUUAUCAAUUUUAGAAAACAUAUCUUUAGCUAAAUUUUUCGCUGAUGGUAAAACCGUUGACGCCACACAAGAAAUGCUCGCUCUAGGUGUCAGCAAUCUAGUAUCGUCCUUUGUCGGAUCAAUGCCUGUGUCUGGAGCACUAUCACGGGGUGCCGUAAACAAUGCCAGUGGUGUUAAAACGACGUUUGGUGGUAUUUAUACAGGAAUAAUUGUAAUCGUAGCCUUACAAUUUUUCACUCCGUAUUUUGUCUACAUACCUAAAGCAGCUCUCGCUGCUGUUAUAAUAGCUGCUGUUGUAUUUAUGGUCGAAUUGCACGUCAUUAAACCAAUGUGGCGUACAAAAAAAAUUGACCUGAUACCUGCGUUUGCUACGUUCCUAUGUUCAUUAAUGAUCCGAUUAGAAGUAGGUAUUGUAGUUGGUAUUGCCAUUAAUGUGAUAAUCUUAUUGUACACAUUGGCCAGGCCCAGGGUUAACAUCGAAAAGCAAAAGAAUGAUUUUGGGUACGAAUACUUAAUGAUCACACCAGAUCGCAGUUUAGUAUUUCCAUCUGUGGAAUAUGUUCGAGCAGUAGUUACAAAAGCUGGACUUAGGCAAGGAUUAAGCUCUAUACCCGUCGUCAUUGAUUGUAAACAUAUACAAGGGGCUGAUUUUACAGCAGCUAAGGGUAUUAAAUCAUUAAUCGAAGACUUUGUUCGAAGAAAACAGCCACUUGUAUUUUACAAAGUAAAACCUAGUGUUAUGUCUAUUUUCCAAGGUGUACGGCCAUCUGAAUUCAAUUGUUGCGGUACAGAACAACAAUUACACGAAAUGUUGAAAGGUUACUUUUUCAACAGACCACAAGCAAUCAAUUGAAGUUUAUUAAAAUAUUUUAAUAAUACCUCACCUAAAGUUGUAUAAAGUAAAUUACAUGUAAUAUUGAAUUGUGAAUUGUUAGGUAUAGAUAUAGUAAACUUAUACGACAUCAAAAACAAUUUUUAAACUUUUUGUUUAAAAUUAAGUCGUAUUAUUAUAAUUUUUUUUUAAAAUAAGGCUCAAUUAUUUUUAGGUCUUUAUGAAUUUAUUAAUUUAAUGAUUUUAUUCUUACAGUUUUUGUUAUGAGCACUGUAACGCUACAAUGAUAAUAUACAAACCCACCAUAAUUUAUAGAGUUUGAAUGAAAAUGUAUAACUAUGUACAUAAAUUUAUUUUCCAAUUAGCUAAAAAUUGUACCAUAAUUUUAUUAUAUUAUAAUUUUUUUUUAAGAA